GCUACUGGAUCUUGAAUGGCAUUUUUUCUCAACCAUUGUGGAAAAGGCACAGACUUCAGCUAUGGUCCCUGGGCGGAUCGGCAAAGAGAACACUUGUUCAAAUUCUUCUUUCCACAAGAUUGUCAACCUUUAAAGGUUACAAAACCUUCGUUACCUGGUGAAAAACGACAAGUGCAAUCGUUCGAUAUUAGAUUAAGUACUCAAAAUGAUGCCACAAUCGACAUACUCUUCUCAAAAAAUAAGGAAACGAAUGCAGUUCACAUAAAUAUAGGUCCGGGCUCUUACCUGGAAGUGACCAUGCCUUGGGUUGUCUCCAAUGAUGGAUAUACGACUAAAGUGACUGGCCAGUUACUGCAUUUAGAAGCUACCACUAGUUUACAGUACCGAAGUUUAGUGGUGAGUGAAACGCUAGAAUACACGCUGCAAUCACGCUACCCGCUGAAAUGGAACGACCACCAGGAGUGGAUGCUAACACUGACAGGCUGCAAGGCCACUGUCUGGUUCAUCUAUGCGCACAAGGAGUUCUUUCAAGAUAUGGUCAACGACUGGGCGACCAAAGCUCGUCCAGAUCUGCUGCACUUCAUUCCCUACACGUGGAAACUCACACUGCUGAUGAAAGAGUUUGAGUUCAUAAUGCCUUGCAAUGAGUACAACUGGGUCGAUUGCUCUUCACAAAACCAAGAGAAUAUGUGUCUGGCCUUCUGCGGUGAGCUGUUUGAAUUAACAUUUGAACUGCCGUUCACGGAUUUCCUACCUGCUACGUUACCAUUGAAAUUCUGGAUACAGGGAGAAGGAAUGGACCUAUCUCUGUUCCUACCGUCUGUAUUCACUAGUCGAAGUAUCCUGUUGUCACUCGAUCAAAAUGCCAAAGUUCUGGGACGCAAUGGCAAAGUCAUCAAUCUGCGAUCGGAGAACGCCAGGAAGUGGAGGAAUGUUUGCCAAAGAAGCGAGGGUUGGCUAGACUGCUGGUCGGUGCCUAUCGUUGCCCUGAGCAUCAACUACAUCUACCACCCGAUGCCCCCCUUUGGACCCGAGCCCCAGGCCGACAUCACCACGCCCGAGAAAGAGGAGAUCCUUCUGUCGCCCAUGCGCAUACCUAGGAGUCGAAAGUCGCCCGCCAUACAUCACUGGAGACAGGAGACAGGACAAAAGUUUGACCCCUCAACAAUGUCUCCGGACAAAGUAAGCCUGGAGCUUGAGAUUGGUCCUUCAGUACUGUUGCUGUAUGGCUCCUGGAUAAGAGGCUUUGUCAAUCUGAAGGAGAACAUAUUCGGCGACGACCAAGUGUUUACCGACAUGAACGAGAAGCCGGAAGUGCCGAAAGGGGCGGGGGUAGGUGGAGUGGGAGGGGGUGACAAUGUGAGCACCAGUGAGGAGGAGAUUGGCGGCAAGAAGAAGGACUUUGAUCCGCGCCUGUUUCGGCCGCUAGAGGUCACUGUCUCCAUCACCAUGCACGACAUACAGGCGCAUCUGGUCAAGAACUGCAACGAGAAUGACCCGCCCUGUCCAAUCAUACUGCUGGACAGAUUCGGCUUUGAAAUGAAAAAAGGCUACAAGCAAACUCAACUACAGCUGCUGCUCUCUCCGGCCUUCCUACUCAGCUCGGACAAAGCUAACAGAUCCAGUCGCGAAAAGCAUAUGAAACAGGGACAUCUCAUGCUGUCUGGAUUACAGUUGAGAGGAGAAGCACACUUCAGUGACGAGGGACGCAGAGUGGACCAGGAGACGGUUGAAUACGCCUGGCUGCUUGAAAUUCAACUGGGCAAGUUGACUGGCAAAAUGACAACACCUCAGAUGUACCACCUGAUAACAGGCCUGGAGACGCUUUUGCUGUUGAUCUGCGACUCUGAGAACAAGCUGGUGCCUCCCCACCUGCCGCCCGCCUGUCACCACGGCCUGCCCCCCGUCCAGUGCGGUGACAGCGACCCGGAUGGCUCCUACCGGUGUCCGUCCACCGACGAGAUCAAGUACCGCAUGGUCAGGGUGGCCGUCGAUCAGAUCGACUUCUAUCUGCUCGAGGCGGGUACUGCUAUCAAUCUGUGGGCAUCGCCAAUCCGGUUCUCGACCUGCAACCUGCACGGCAACCAGGUGAAGUCGGGCAUGACAGGAGUGUUGCCAGCUGUGCGCAUGCGUCAACUCAUGGCCAUUGCUAACCACUUUGGUCGUGGGGGCGGUGGUGGUGGACAAGGGCAGGGCCAGGAGGGAGGGGGUAGCAACACUAACACUACGGGCAGUGGGCGUUCUCAGCACAGAUCUUUGGCGAGUGGAGAUGGAAGUGAUGUAUGGUUGGAGGUUGGUUCGAUAUCUUUUGGUCCCUUGAUUUUCGAAGCAGCCGUCUCUCUGUCAAAUUCGGACAGGAAUCUUCACAUAGUUCAGCACAAAUACCUGAAAACGCAUGACGAACGCAGCAAGCGGCUGUGGUUCCUGUGGAGCAGUGAGUGCGGUGGCGGGGUGGGGGUUGGGCCUGCUACGGCCACGGCAGCCGGGUCAGCAAGCGGCGGCUCAUCUGCCCGUUGCGGCUGCAUCGGCGGCUGCGUCUUCUUCGGCCAGAAUCGCAACGGUCAGCGAUUCUUCAAGCCGCAGCCCAGACAGGAUGGGGUCGAUGGUGUCAAUAUAGCCGCUUUCAGGAUCAAUGAGACGGGCAAAGACCCCGGCUUUGGACAGAGUAUCCUUCACGACAAUCAGCUGGUGUUCCACACUCCGCCCUACAAUUCGCUCGACGUCACCAUUCACGAGAAUGUCAUGGUGCUCACAGAUGCCAGCAAACAGAGUUCGGUGCAAGUCAAAAUGGGUGACCACAGUCCAGGCCUUCAGUCGCGCGUAGAGCGUUCGCGGUCGGUGACAGAGUCUCACAACAACAGCAACAACCAGCAACAACACGGAACCAGUUCACCGCAACAACACGGAACCAGUUCUCCGCAACAACAGCAGCAGCAGGUUGGCAGCACUGGCAAGCCGAUGGCCACGCCCAGUCCGCCCGUGUCCUGUGUCAAGACAUCGUUUGGGUCGUCGGUUCUCAUAUACGUCGAAAAAUACCACAGAACGGUGAACAACGGUGGGAGUGGCGGGGGCGGUGGCGGUGUAGGCCGUGACGUGCCCUACGCCCGCCUACUGGACUCGAGUAGUCCGACCAGUCUGCUGCCGCCCAAACUGGACUCGGAUUCGCGUCUGAACAGCAGCGAGCGCACGAGGUCCAUCCUGAGUGUGCCCGAGGCCGACCCCACACCCAAGUCAAGUGUCUCCGACUCCAAGCUGGCCGUCGACUAUUUCAACUCCACCGCGCAGCAGUACAGCGCGCUGGUCAACAGUGUUAAUGUGCAGGGUCCAACAGCAGUGCUGCCCUCCGAUUCGGACCAUUCUAUUGGUCACCUGGAUGACAAGAUGGCGGAGCGCACAAUGUCGAUCUGCAGCGAGAACCAAUCAGAGGCGUUCUUUUCGGCCGAGGAGGAGUUGAUGAGUGGUGUGUUGCCAAGUAGUCGCUCCUCCUCGCUCAGACAUUCCAUCGGCAUAUACCGGCAUGAUAAUGCUGCUAACAGGAAACGUUUCGGUAGCGAUAUGAGUAUCGUAGCUGGAGGAACGGCAACACUGCAUUCUGUGACGGGUGACAACAGGACCAGACUCUCAACACACCGCUCCGACCAUGAGAUUCACACACCUGAACAUAGGAGCAAUAGUCUGAAUGGAGACGAGCUGAAGACGAAUAUAGGUUUGGCAACACCGCUUCUGAGACAUACUGCUCCGAGAUCGAUUAGCCCUAGAUGUGCGACUGGAACUGAUACAGAUACUCUGGAGGCGUCAACUGCUCUACUGGACUCAUCCGACACACACUCCAUAUCGAGUACUUCUUUCAUAUCAGCUGUUUCGUCGCAGGAAGAUCUGACACUGGUGAAUCUGCACAUGCAGGUCAACAAGCCAAUCGUCGAAUCGCCUCUGCUCAUGUCCAGCUAUGUCAACCAUCUGUCACAGGUAAGCUGUACAAAUUGGGCCCAGUCGUCUCUGCCGUAUGGGUCUGAUGCCUUCACCGUGCCUCUAUUCCAGAAAAUGAAUGAUGGCCGAUUGGUGUAUGUUGGUAGCAGAUACACGCCGCGCUUCGAGGCGCUGACCGAGGGCUUCACGUCGCUGAAGAUGAUCAACCGCAGCGGCAAGGACAUGAAUCAGUGCAACAGUCCCCCGCCCCACUCGGGCAAAACGCCCACACACCCCUACAACUGGGACCACACCGAGAUAUUCAACCCCAAUACUAGCAACGAUAUCGACGCUGGGAUACAAGAAGAACUUCUAUCGUUGAGGAACGAAUCUGGCACUAGGACAACAGUUGUGAUAAAGAUGAAGGGUGACGUUGAUGUCCUUGUCAGUCCUCUUGUUCUUGAAUCUCUCCAGAGGUUCAUAGACGCACUAACACCAACACUUAGCACGCUCCACCCGUUAAGCGUGCUCAAUCACCUGCACUUUGGCUGCAUGGAGCGUGUGGAGGCAGCAAAUGUGCUCAAGAAGGACAAGUACCUGUCAGGCUUGCAGGGAGGCGGCAGCAAACGGAGUACGGCUGAAAGGGGCGGCGGCCCUAGUGGGGGCGGUGGACCCAGUCAGCCUCACAGUGUCUACGAGGAGUGUAUUGCCACACAGGUGCAGGGCACUGUCAUAUUUCCCAAGAUCAAUAUAGCCCUGCUGCAGGCGUCUGUUGUUGAAGAAGUGAUCUCGUUCUCAGCGCUUGACAACAUCAGAGACUUGACUUGUGUUUCACUGCUGGCCGUGUCUUUGGACGGAGUCACUGCCCGGUUUCAUUGUGGCAAACAGGCUCGAGAAGUGGUACAGACCUUUCAGCGACCCCCGGUGCAGCCGAGCGGCGUGAAGAAGUCGCUGGCCAAGGGAGGCAAGGCAUUCCUGUUGGGCCAUCAGACCGGCUCCUCAGGUCAGGCAGAUGUGGUCACAGGCGAACCGGUCUACAUAGAGACCUGCGAGAAACAGCAGCAGGAGAGUGUUAUCACACUUAAUAUCAGCAAAGCACACGGUCAGCUGAGACGAUUGAGGAACGAGUGCUCGAUUCUGAAGGACGCUGUCAUCACGGCCAUCCCCAGCCACUGCUCACGUGUCAUGUUCACCACAUGUUCACGUAGCAGUGCCCACACCACGCCACCGCAGUCACGUAAUACCACUGAUGCCGAUGACAAGUUCCGUUAUACCUGUGGUGAAGAUGCACCAACUAUGGUGGGACUAUCCGAGGAGAAAUUGGGUUUCAUUAUGUUUGAGUGUGGACUUGAAGGAAUUGCAUUCAAGGUUGUGAAGCGCUCAAAAUACGACAAAGAAGAUAACGGAGAUGAAAUAAAACAAGGAGAAACUGAGACUCAUUAUACAGACUCUGUGAGAUCGAGAGAGGAAGUGGAAAAUGCUUCUGUAUUAAAUGACCAAUCACAUCAGCCAACUGGUGCAGCUCAUGCUAUUACAAAUGCCGGAUUCUCGUCUGAUUCUUCGGCUCACGAUGCGGCUGCUAACGAAUCAUCCAACGAUCCAAAUACAAGUGGCCAGCCUGGGGUGGGUAGCAAUGCUGUGGUGGGGGUUGGAGGGGAUGAGAACGCCUCUUCGUGUGUCAUUCAGGUGCAAACGGUCUGGUUCAAUUUCGCCGCACCGCCCAGGGCACCCAUUACAAGGAAGAUCGACUAUACUAGACUGGAUUGGAACCUGUUGAGCACGGCUUCGCCGGCCAUCAACGCGUGGAUGAACCCUAGCAACCGGUUUGCCAUCCGCGUGGUGCACAUGCUGCGCUGUCGCUACAGGAGAUGCACCGCCAUUGUCACCUGCCUCAUGGCCGAGGCACUGGAUGUGCAGAGCAUACACAUGCCAUCCAAGAGUCGCUACGGCCGGUUCACACCACUGUCGAAGGCCCUACAGGAGGACCCCUCGUGUCAGCUGUGCUCUGUGCUACAGAAGUAUUUGUUGCAAAACACAACCAGUGUCGAGGAGAACCUUAAAGAGUCCGAUCUGCCUCACUUGUCCACACUCAGACAGGGUGUGAUUGUAUUGAGUCGUCAAUGGAAGAAUAUUCUCUACACACCUCUGCUACUGGAGCAUAACUUCAAGAGUAAACACCUUGUGAAACCUUUGAACGUGACGUUUGCUGUACCAGACCCUGACGAGGAGAAUUUGCUUUUGGACGGUGACGGGUGGGGUGAGGAAUGCGACGCUGAUGAGGUGACCGACGAGAAUGCGAUGCUGUUGAAUGCCUCCACGGGGGCAGCCACCGCCCAGGCUGUACAUGCACUGCAACGGGUACUGCUCAAGCGUGCUAACAACAACGGGAUGGGAGCGGGCGGUGGGAGGGGAGUGAUGACGUCACCGGGCCAGGGGGUGUUACCAGGGGGUCCUGUACCUCCCCACUCUCCCCCAAACGCGCAUCUCACUCUGGACAGCCUGGUGUUCAGUUCGCCCACGUCGCCAAAUUCGGUCCAGUUGCAACAGCCUGGAGGUCGAAAGAAGUCUCUGCUGCCUUCACAUCCACCUGCCUCGUCUCGAGCCAGCAUUGUGUUUCCACUGCUCAACAACACCAAUCCAUUCCAGCAUCGCCGAGUCGACAGUCAGGGUGGAAACACUGUCGAAAAAGCUAUCGGCUAUUCAACGCUGAAAGAAGACUACAAGUCACACUCUAGCCAUCCUAGCCUGACUCUACAGGGUGUGGGUGGCAUGAACGCCAACAACGGUGGAGGCGUAGGAACGGGUGACAGUCAUCACUCGUUGACGUCUCUCGACCAACUGAACAACCAGCAGACGCAGCAGUCGUUUUCGCCCAGCUACAGUGCGCAUGCGCAGAAGGACAGUGGUGGUGGCGGCGGUGGUGGAGGGGAGGACCUGUACACGUGGAUGGCCAAACAGCAGGAGUUUGAAACUCCCGCCGCCAACGAGGAAAGCAAGAUGGCGGCGGCGCCUGUUGGCGGUAUACCCAAGGGCGAUUAUUGGACAAACAACCAGACAAAGAUGACGCAGGUGAACGUGACCACUCACGAUGGCAGCAUUGUGAACCCGGACUAUCUGCUAUUGGCUGCCGCUGGCUACAGCCUCUAUCCAAUGCACGACUCCCUACGUCUGCUAGAUGCCCAUCUCAUAUUCGAGCCACUCCUCUCCAGUCUGGGAGUCAUGCCUCAGCAGAUGAUUGGCAACUAUGGUGGAGGCACAAAUUCGCUGGACUCAUGGGGCUCGAAUUUGUCGUUGAUUGGUGGCAUGGAAGCGAUCAGAAUCGACAUAGUGGUCAGUGAAGUGGGCAAACUGCAAGACAAGAAGGUCAAGAAGCCUCUAUCGUCCAAAUCUGACUCCAAGUUCUGGCUGGAGAUGCCCCCGGACACGCCGGCGCUGCUGUGCGAGCGCGUGGGUGUGGAGCUGCAGGUGUGUCGUGUGGCCGAUAUGACCAUAGUGGACGACCUCAGCCGGCAGCGACGCAACAUGCUCUAUGUGUCGCGCGGUCAACUAAAGAAGCAUCUCAGCACCUCACUCAACCUCAAUGUGUCGGUGCGAUAUAUCGCUCAACAGGUGAACAUGCCUCUACUGAGACUGUUGCAUCAGAUCAGCAACAUGUAUCAGAAUGUGAAGGAGACACAACUGGAGCUCAAGGAGCAGCAACCCGACAACUCGAAACCUGUCCCUAAGACGCCUCCAGCUAAUAAUUCCGGUCUAAAUCUACCAGACCUCGCCCUACCGCAGAGCCUGCUCUCAGUGGAGGAGGAGAAGAAAUCGGCAACAUUGCCGCGGUCUCCCAGCACCAAACAGCUGAACAUCGCCAUCCCGUCGCUAGUCUCGCCGUCAUCAUCCGUCAAAUCGCCCCACAAACACCAGACGUUCGCGCAGAAGCUGCGGCAAACCAGCAAAAGCGUGCGCGGCUACAUCAACCUGGGCGACGUGGUGACCGGACAGGCGGGCGUCAAACUGCCCAGUCCAACCACCGAAAAGGAAACCGUCACCAUGACACCACGCUGCUGGAAAACGGUGUACUAUCUGCUAGAUCUGUACGCAACCAUGCCGGAAACGAAAACCGUCGCGCAUAGCCGGUUCUCAGUGGCGGGAGAUGUGUCGGAAGGCUAUAAAGGUAAUAGAAAGUAUGAUUUGUUACCUGAGGUGAAAUCUACUGAUGAUAUCGAGCGGGGGGAGAACCCUUCAACCCCUGUCCCUUCCCAACAACCCCGGGAGUUGAACCUCGUAGCCGGAGAACGUACAAGGUUAAAAGUUCUCGCUGUAGCUAAAAUCCAUCGUACCAGGCUACUAGCCACGUUGAGCGGUUUAAAGUUAGAAGCUGAAAUCACAAACCUACAUUCUAGUUUAACCGUUAAGAAAAAGACACGCCCCGCUAGUAUGGAGUGUUCCCUCACGGGACAUGUCGGUCGUACCAUGAUUGUUCUACUGGAGGGUGUAGCACCCAACCAACAAACUGUCGUGAAGGUUACGGUGGGCAAAUCACAGGCUUUGUACUCUAGUAUAACUCGUAGAAUGAAGGAUAAGAACUCGGGGUUGUUGACUAUUGGCGCGGUCAGUGUGGAUAUACCUCAGCACCCGGUAGCGUUGCAUGGUAUGAUGACUAGGAGUAGUAAAGAGCUUUCGUUUACUCUACAGGAACUGAGGGUUACAAGAACUAGUAGCAGAAUGAGUAGGGGGACAACGGUAGAUGAUGUGGACUCGGCCACCCAACAGUCUCCCGGUCAGGCGAGGGUUUUCAACCCUGCAUCAACCCACACCAGUGUCAAACACCAGAUGGUGGAGCCGAACCCUCUGUUACAACCACUCGUCAUGACGUUCAACGUGGUUUUGCAGAGUCUGAGUAUAACAGCCGCUCUGUUACCCUCCCUCCAAGCACAAUACAAGAUGGAUCAAGUCACCUCCAAAGGUGUGACCGGUAGUAAAGCCAAGUUCAUCAUAGAUCUCCCACGUCAUUCCCUGUCGUUCUCAACCAAAGUUCAAGUCACCGAAGCUAACCUCCCUUCAGAGGCUAGCAUAGAACUGCCCAAAGUCCAUGUGCAAGCCGAGUAUGUUCAAGAUGGUGCAAGCACGAGGGAUGGGAAUUUCGCUGAUGGGGUAGUUUUGAGACAAGGUAACUACAUCAGUGCAGUGGCUGAUAUUGGGGUGUUUGAACACUCGUUGACAACGGAUUUGUUGAAUCAUCUGGUGUUUGUGCAGAAGGUGUUUAUGAAGGAGGUGAACGAGGUGGUGCAGAAGGUGUAUGGAGGCGAGAAACCGGUGCCGUUGUGGUGUGAGGACUCGGACGAUGCUAAUUCAUCAUCAAGCAGUAUCAAGAGAAUUUUGUUUUCCCUAGUAAUACAUAUUAAACGCAUACAAUUGACUGCUACGACUCCUACAAGCUGUGCCGUGAGACUGGAGACUGGUGCAGUAGAUUUCCAGUUGUCUAACCGUGUUCAAAACGUGUCCGGUUGUACUCAACAGCUUAACGCCUCGUUAAAAGUGUUCUGUAAAGCGGCGGUUGACGUUAAUCUCAGUUUAGGACAGUUGAUUAGGAAUGUGCUGUUUGAGGAAGCCGAACCAGAGUACCAACAGUUUGCGUUUUUCAAAACUAGGAUCGGGUUGAGAAACGCGUUUGAAGGUGAGACUGUUGGCUCUGGAAGUGAGGAUAAGGAAGUGGUUUUGAUCACAUUGAAACGUCCCCUAGUCUAUAUUCAGCCGAUAGCUGUAGAUAAAGCGAUACUGGUUUGGUUGAAUUAUAAGAACGCGUAUGAAUAUUGGAGUGAGCAGAGGUCGAAUUUGAACAAGGAGGUGUUGACUGCAACACAACAAGUUUUUGAGAAGGUCCCCUUCGAGAAACUAACCACCAGCCCCCAUUUGGGCACGCUGUUUCUCCAGUUGACAGUGGAAGAUAUGGGGAUUUGUAUACCUCUCAACCCUCUCCCCCCGCCUACCAGUAUCUGGGGGUUGAACCGACCCCUAUUCAUAGACAGCGACUCGUGUGCUGCCGUGGUGGUGACCUUGGAAUCUACCAGUAUAUCUGCCUGCAGCUCAGGGUCACUAGUGAGUAAGGGUAGGUUUGUAGGGUUGUGUUUGAGGUUUGCGGAUGACUUUGAAACGUCCCUGGAUGACUGGAAACCGGACACCAGUGAGACGACUGUUGCAAUGAACCUGUGUGUGGUGUCGGAAGGCACCUACGAGGUGUGCAGUCGAACAGUGGCUGCUCAGAGGUUGGAGUCUGAGAACGCCAAGUGGUUCCUGAAUGUGCAAUGGGCCAUGGAAGGUGUCGACAUACAUCUAGAUGUGAACAUUGGGAAACAAUUGUCUGCUCUGGGACAUACAUUGACUAUGUUAACAGCUGUACAAGAGGACGAGAUAAUUAUACCGGGGAGUUACGACAGUGAUGAUGGGGAUACCGCUGAUAACCAGGAUGCCUCUCAGGAGAGUAUGUUGUUGAAGAGAAGUCACAACCUAACCUGUGAUGGGCUGCCGGCAUUCGCGUUGGAUCCUUCAAUCGACGCUAAAAUACGGUCUAAAUUGAUUGAGAAGGAGAUGAACGAGCAAGCUAAAACUAUAAAUGUGCUGAGAUCGUUGGGGGCGUCCCAAGGUACAAUCGAACAUGAAAUGAAGAAACUGCACAAGUUGGAAGCGAUGGUGUUCAAAGAUUUCAGACGUGACAUGAUACAGAGGUUGCGCAGACAGAACGUGAAGACUAGUGAUGUAAAAUCGAAAGGCGCCUCGAAAACUAACGCUUGUAGGUCACGCUCCUUCAUAGUUCCCACUCAAACUUUGGAACAACAUUUGGAGUUGGAUUCCCCCGAUGAAACUAGGGCUGCUAGUACGUCGGCGAGUUUCGAAAGCUCCCCCCAUUCGGGUCCCAGUCGGUCGGCGUCGUUAAGGGCGACAACUAAGGGGUUGGGGUUGGGGGCGGCACCCCCCAAGGUCACAUUUUGUGAAAGACAAACGUCACUACCCAGUGGGAGCUCGGAAAUUAGUCUACCCCUUGAUGACAAUCUUCUGGACUGGGCGACCAAUGAGAGUACAGAGCUAUUGAGGUCUAAAUUAUCCCCCAACAAAUCUAGUUUUGAUUCGAAUGAUGGUAGCACGUUGUUGUUAGUUGAACCGGAGACGACGAGAGAUCAAGGAGGCGGUGUUUCCCCCUCUUGUAACCCUACAACGUCUCAAAUGAAACCACACGAACCUAACAUCGAUUUUGAACUGGAUGUUAAAGUGUUGAUAAACAGUGGGAAGUGUGUGUUGCAUACUAAAGAUUUAGGUAGGGAGGAUGAGUUGAAGUUUUCAACCCGUAUGAAGAAGGAGCGAAGUUGUUCGGGAGGUAUGUUUGAUUUCCCGCCUUCCAGUCCGAAUUUGAACCGUCGCUCACAUAAGGAUCGCCACCAGCAAGCGUCCACGUCCACCACCAGAUUGCGCCAGAGUCUGCAAAUGCAAACAAACGCGGCCAACAUCACUCAGGCCGAUCUGACCAUCUUCCACAUACCUGGGUUGGAUGUGAAGGUCCAUUACGAGUCGAAAACCAUCCCUGAGGAUGGAACAGAAGCUAGUAACAACACUUCCAUGUCCCGUGGUAAGACUAGCGGCACUAAGAAAGCCAGUUUGUUUGCUUGGACCACGUUACAGAGUAUCCCCGAGGAAACUAUCAUCUCCCCGCAUAUCUUGGAGUUUUUGGAGCAGACUUUGGAACCGAUACCAGCUAAUGAAAAGACAUCACCGUUCCCAGACUCUCGGCCCAUGAACUCUAUGUUCGCUAUGGAUCGAGAUGACGAACUUACCCCUAGUCCGUGGGCUACAUCUGGGGGACAAUAUGCCUACGCUUCAUUCCCGGUAGAUGUGAUAGUCUACUUCCACAUGCAACCCUCAACGUUUCGAUUCUCGUGUCUGCCUGUAUCCAGGGUGGAAUGUAUGCUACAACUACCCAGCUUAGACAUUGUGUUCUCGUCGAAACGAGCCGAGUUGGAGAGUGAUUUCAUGAAUGCUAGUUUCAACACCACUUCGUCCCCGUCUGUGGCUAUGGGCGGUUUGAGUGUAACCGGCUGUUUAGCUGAUUUCUCCGUGCAUAUUUUCCACCCCUACGGUGGUAAGAAGACUAGCCACAAGGAAACACAGUGGUCACCGUUGAGUGACAGUGAACGCAAGGAUUCCCUGAGUAUUAAUGUGGAGUUUGUCAAGUUUCAUUUGUCUCGUAGUCGGAAAACUAACUACGAGAGUGCUAAGGGGAUGAAAAGUAGUGGUUCUGACCUAAGUCAAGCGAUCAUCAGGUUUUCCACGAUUAUCGAUAUUGGUUCAGCGUCGUUUAAGUAUGAUAUGAGACGGUUAACCGAGAUUCUAGCGUUCCCCAAAGCAUGGUACCGUCGCAGUAUAGUUAGAAGGUUGUUUCUAGGUGAUUUGAGUACCAUGGCGGUGUACAGUGAAGAUUCAAGUCCUGAUCACGACAUAGAAAGCGAGCGAAGUCCGAUAAUAUCGAGCUCAGGUCGAGAUAAAAACUUGAGGUUGAAUCUGGAGAGUGAUUUAGCUCGACAUGCCAGGUUGAGAGAACGAGGCAAAAGUGGAUCAAGCUCUGAAAGUGCUAGUCCGUCUGAUCUCAAACCUACAGCGUCUGCUUGGGAAACGUUAGUACUGUUUGCGGUGAACUUUAAACGGUUGAAUGUCCAUAUGAACAUGGGUAACGUUAUGGGCAACGUUCAGUGGUUGUCGAAAAACUUCAGGUCUGAAGGGAGACUGUCGAUAGGGAGUACAGGUCACAAAAAUAUGUUUAUAGGGCUAGGACUAGGAGGUAGUGCCCUGGAAGCUAAGGGAGGUAUAGUAGGUGGAACGAUUGAGAUCAGUAAAGUGGACACUUUCAUUUUGAUCAGGGAGGACCCCGGUACUGAACCAGACCACACCAUCGGUCUGAAGCUGUUUGCGUUGGAGUUGAGGUUAGAUUACAUGGGGACAGGUGUGUUGAUGUGCAGAGUCAGCUCGCUGGAUGUGUCGUUACGAGACGAGUGGAAGAUGACGGAUAGGAAGGCGUCAAUCGAUGCUUUCAACCCCACUCGACGCCCGGCAACAAUCUUUGUGCAUGGAGAUCUGGGUUGGGAUCAGUUGCAGCUGAUGAUAUCCAAGUCAACAACUGUGGACUUGAUGAAGAUGUUUUACAAGCUAGAUGAGUUUUUCUCGCAGCAGUUUAAGAGUAGUAAGAGGGUGUUCUCGUCCUUGGGUUCCCAGCGGAAUAAGAGCAACAACCAGGGUAGUAGUUUUAGAAGGAGGGGACAACACGCUAGGGGUAAAAAAGGAGGCGGGGAAAUAAGUAACCCCCAACCCCAACAAACUUCAUUCAAGGUGAUUCAAGACGCAAAACACCACCGACAUUGGCAGAAAGUUUUGUCACAGGUAGCAGGGUUACAUCUAUCAACAGUUCGUCUCCCGCUGCCCGAUUCAGGUACCGUUCUCGGCGGCACAAUGGAACUCCAUGGCAACAACAUCUCAUUGGCCUGCUUCCACGGCAUACACUUCAAAUCCAAGUCGUGGGCUCUCUUCUCCCUCAAAGAACCUUGCAUCUCGUUCACGACCGAGGCUCAGGAAGUGAUGUCCAGUGACACCAACGAGAACCUCGAUGUGCAUAUUGUGCAGACGCUGACUUUCAGUUUGGGUAUGACGGGGGAGCAACCCCACAUACAGCAACACGAUAGUAUGGCGACCGUUUGUAAGGUUAGUAGGAACAUUUUGUUCCCGCCGCAGUUCCGUAUGUUGUCGGAAUGGUUUCAUUAUGCGUUCGCUUGCAGUGAUAUUGAUAGUAUUGAUAGGUUCCCCAGUUUGGAGAAGGAGCGUAUGGAGAACAGUGAUUCUAACACGGCUAGAACCAGGUCUGCCAACAAACCAACUGAUCCUAACCACACUAGAGAGGUAAUUUUCGCGUUACCUUCGUUGCAACUACAUCUAAAAACCGAACACCUGCAACCGCCGUUGAUUCCUGAUGUAGUUGACGAUAAACCACGGGUUGAAUGUAGUUUUGUGACAGAGUUUGAGGACCAUAUUUUUGUGACAGUUGACGCCGAGGCGUUCUUUUUCCUGCAUGACUUGAUUACAUCGUAUAUAAGGGAGAAAGACCGGAUGACCGGUUUUGGACAAGGGUUGAGGGCUAGCAGUCCUGAGCCUCAGACCUCGCGGAAGAGGUCGCCCGAAGAUGGAGGAGGAGGGUCGUCUGAGAGUAGAGACGACAGUUUUGGAGCGGGCAACAGUGAGGAGAAGAAACAACGCGAGAAGGCUGCGUUUGAGGCUAGCGAAAAGUUCUCCAACGACUGGAGAAACUUUCUGUGUAAAACUUGGCAUCUCGAGCCUACCGUCCGGCUUUUGUCGUGGGGUGGUAAAAGUAUCGAGCCCUACGGUGUCGAUUAUAUCCUACAGAAGUUGGGAUUCUCGCAUGCUAGAACUACGAUACCCAAAUGGAUGCAGAGAGGUUUCAUGGAUCCUUUGGACAAAGUUUUGGCGAUUCUGGUGAUGAGGAUGGUGCAGAUUAUUAGGGAGGAUCCCAAAAUGGCGGCUAGUCAUAGGUAUCACCAUAAUUUGCAACAGUUGAGGCGGUCCAAUCAUUGAAUUGAAAACAAUUUUCCUGAGAAAACGGCGUUGAAAGAGUCAACAAUUUGAAUCAUUGAAUAGAUGACAAUUUUCUUGAAAAAAACUGCGUUGAAAGAGUCAACAGGUUGAAUCAUUGAAUAGAUGACAAUUUUCCUGAGAAAACGGCGUUGAAAGAGUCAACAGGUUGAAUCAUUGAAUACAAGACAAUUUUCUUGAAAAAACGGCGGUGAAAGAGUCAACAGGUUGAAUCAUUGAAUAGAUGACAAUUUUCUUGAAAAAAACUGCGUUGAAAUAGUCAACAAUUUGAAUCAUUGAAUACAUGACAAUUUUCUUGAAAAACGGCGUUGAAAGAGUCAACAGGUUGAAUCAUUGAUUUGAUAACAAUUUUCCUGAAAAAACUGCUUGGAAAGAGUCAACAGGUUGUCAAAUAAUAGUAAAAAUAGAAAUAUUCUUUUAUUUAUAAAAUUGAGUUAUAGUACCCUUUGGAAUAAUUAAUAAAAUAAUAGAUUAAGAAUGCAAAUUAUAACUUUGUGUUAUAAUUAUAAAUGGAACUAUAAUUCUAUUUUAUAAAUAAAGAAAGUUACCCUGAAUACAUACAUUUUAAGAAGAAAUAUUCUUAUUUGUCAUGGAUAAAUUGUAGACAUAUUCAUCAUCAUAAUUUUCUACAAUUAAAGCGGUCUGUUCCAAUCAUUGAAAUUUAGGUUUUACUGACAAAAACUGUUAUGAAAGAGACAAGAUGUCGAAAAGUUGAAUUGAUGACCAUUUGACAGAGAUAUCUAAUUUGUUGCAAGUCAAUAUAGGUUGUGAAAAUUAUCAGAAAAUACAAAUAUUUAUGUUUUGUAGAGAUGAAUAGAUAUGAGCAUCUGUUAUUUUAUUCAUCAUCAAUGGCUCUUACACAAUAAUGAUCAUAGAAGGAUUGGUAAUGAAUAAAGAGGCUUGGCUUAUACUAUUUCAUUUCCUACAUUAAAAUUUGUCCUAGAAAGGUUGUGUUUCUCCAGCACUUUCAAACGCAGAUGAUAUCAAUUGUAAUCACCAUAAUUUGCUACAAUUAAGGCGUCGUACCAUCGAAUUAUUUAUUAUUAUUUGGCAGAAAAUCUAUCUUGAAAGGCAGCAGGUUGUGAAGAUGUCUUUGAAUAUAGCGUUAGAUAGAUAGCUACAGGUAGAAAAUUACAGCAUUUAAGGCAAUUGAAUCAUUGAAAUUGAUAUUCAUUUAGGAAACAUCCUGAAAGUAUAAAAGAAGCGGUUGUGAAAAUGUUUACAAAAUUGGAGUUUUUUGUUUUGUACCUAGAGAUUUCUUAGAUCAAGAUUAGGGCAAUCAAAUUAAUGAGCAUUCCUAAUACUAUUUGAAACAAAUAAUUGGAAAAAACCAAUUGGUUGUGAAAAAUUGUAGAGUACAGUAAAAAUUGAGAAAUUUUGUUUCGUAGCUUGAAAUGGAUCAUUUGUGAACUUUUUUCUUCAUCUUUAUGUAUGUAGUAACUUGAAUUCUAUAAUAGUAAGGAAUUAUAUGCAUGUUAAAAAGAACUAUUUGAUAUAAUUGAAUGUAGAGCACAUUAUUUAAAGAUAAAAUAAAACUAUUAACUUGAUCGUCAUAAUUUGGAGUUGAAAUUGAUGAGAAGUAAGAAAGAUCGCUCAACAAAUUACUUGAAUUAGACAAUCUUAUUCUUCGAAAAUGCUCAUUUUUAGUCACUUCCAAUAAAAGAAGAAUCAAACGCAACCUAUGAGAAAAUCUAGCUUGGCUAUUUGAAUUAUUCUAUUUAAACUCUGCUUUCAAUUUGAUUAGCACUGAAACUUUCUGAUCCACGACGAAAUUAAUCACCAAGUUUUUUGUCUCGAUUAUUUUUGGACAGUUUGAAGCAUGUCUUUCUAAGUUUUUUAUGUUGCAAAUGUGACGGGAAUCAUAGGAUAUAUCUGUACCAUAUAGAGUAUAGAAAAUUUUAAUACUAUCAAAUGAAAUCCAUAUAGAAAAUUGUAUCUAUCAAAUUAAAUAACAGAUUACAAUUAAAAGCAUCUUUCGAAUCGGUAGCAAAAACAAAUGCAGAUUUAAAUAUCAAGAAAACAGCUAUAUAAUUGAACCUUGACAUUUCCAAAAUAAUGUGGAAAUUGACAAGAUAUUGAAUUGUAGAAGAUUUUCAUUCAAUACAUAUAUCUAAUCAAUCUCACACUUUGGUUAAGAGUCCAAGCUAUGAGUGAACUCUAUCAAUGUAGAUAACAUUCUAUAUUGAGCCAUAUAUAAUACCAUAUCCUUAAUUCAGUGUAUUUAAUUAUAUUUCUUAUUCAAUUUAUUAGUUCCACAGUAGGUUUUAGUGUACACUUGAUAUUAUCAUUGUGAUUAUCCUUCUAUUGUAAAUACAAGAUUAAAUGUUAUGCAGCUCAAAAAUAAUUGAAAUUGAUUCAAAAUGCACAUAGAGCUGUAUUAUAUAGAAAUUUAUUUUACAUUCUGUAUCAACUAUCGCUCAUAAUAAUUUUAUGUUUACUGUAAAUAAGGUUAUGAAAUGCUUGUAGAUUUCACAGUGUAUAUAUGUGUAGUUUUGCUAUAGUGAGGUCCACGUUAUGAUGGCUGUGUUUAAUUAACAAUGGUAUUGCUAUCCUUGUCUAUCAUUCAACAAAGCGGAUAGAGCUAUCUCUUUCUUGCUUUACUCGGUUGCCGGAUUGUUUUUUAAGAAUGUAAAAAUGAAAUUAAUUCUAAAUUCAUUAUGAAAUUUUUGAAAAAAUAUAAUUGAUUAUUUCAAACGAGAAUGAACAGUUAGACUAAUAUUACAUCAAUAAACCGGUAUCAGUUACCCUCCAUUGACAAGACAGAGGAUCGGCAACGCUGUUCUCCUAUCUUUCUCCACUGCCAUUAUAACGUGGACCUCACUAUAGAUCAGUGCCAUAAUAUAAAAUUUAUAUUGUAUAACGUGUUAAGUCCAAAGAAAUAUUGUUAUUGUUGUGGAGCCAGUUUUAAUUAAGUGUUUUCACUUGUAUAAAUGUGUAAUAUUUGAUGAGUUGGUUAUGUAUUUUAACUAUUAUCCAAUAUUAUAAUUUACUCUCAAAGCAGUAAUUUAGUUAGUUGAUCGGUGAUAUAUAUUUAUGAAAAUUUGUUUUAUAUUUCUAGCUUGGUGGAUUAUUGAUUUGGAUGAUUGGUUUUUAAAAAUUGCAAUUUGUUAGUAGAAAACUGAAAUUUUACAAUUUCAAAUGCAAUACAGUAGUUACUCAGAUUUGAACAUUAUAUUUUUAAAUUUCGGUAUUGUAAUUCUAAUUUUUACACAUGAUUUGUGCAACAUUAAGCUGUGUUUACACCGAAGCUGUCAACAAAAUGAUUAUUUUUCCGUCCUUAUAGAUUCUAUUAGAUUGAACAUAACUUAUCAUACACAUGAUGUGCAGAUGUGUUUGUCAAGUUCCGUUCAAUCUAAUAGAAUCUAUAAUGACGGAAAAAUAAACAUUUUGUUGAUAACUUUGGUGUAAACACAGCUUAAUUUAACAACUUGAAUUUUUCUUUGGAAAACGCUCUCAUGACCAAAUAUAGUCUAUCAACCAAGAAAUAUACAUCUAUAUUAUUCUAGUUAGUAUAUCUGUUACGGUAGUUUAUUCCAUGAUUAUAUAUAUCCUCUGUAUCAGUUUAAUUUUUAAUUUAUGAAAAUGGUAUUUCUAAUCUGUCCUGCUGCUCUAAGAACAAAAUAUGUUUUCUCCUUCCUGUGUAAUGUUUUGAAAGAGAAAUUAAGUAAUAGUUUUCUUGUUUAUCAACUAUUCUACCCAAAUAUUUUAUGGUCAAUUUAUUAUUCAUCAGUAAUUUAUGUUUUGUUUUGGUUCCUGGUGGUGUUGCCAAUAAUUGAGGGUUAGAAAUUGGACCGUGUAGUAUGCAGCUGAACAUAUUGUACAUUGUUCAUAUACCUUCUAGUCAUAACUGCAAUUAUUUGUAUUUUUUAUCGAAGUAAAAUGUAGUUAACCAUUGA